AUGGAUGGAGCCCCUAUUCCACGGCCCCACUGGCUUCUGCGGCUCGCCGAGCCUAGUGGCGGGUCGCCAGCUGGCUUCCCAAGUCCCGUUCGCAGUGGUCUCCUCCUCGGGGGCUCCCGCACCUUGAUCGACACGCCGGGCUGCAGAAUGCGGCUGCAUCAGUGGCUUUUCCCAGACCUCGCUCCAUCGACGCGCAGCUCCCUCCCGGUAUGCGUGGGCCGCGAGCCGCCCGUGAGCUUUAACCUCGACCGGGCAUUCUUGGACUACGCCAGGCUAGACAACACGUAUGGAAUCCACUCGUUCCACGAGGUGUCCUGCCUUUACGCCGCACUGGUCACUGACUCCAACGUGACCGCGUCAGACCACCGGCCGCGGCCAUUCGAAAAAGAGUGGUGCAAUAUAACAACCGGCAUGAAGCUCGAGGCCGAGUACUUUAAACUUCGUUGCCUUCACAAAGGCGAUAUUAUCUACAGUGGCUUGCACCUCAUAGCCAGGAGGCGUUACCGGCCGCCAGCUGCGAAGGUGGCCGUCAAGCCCAGGAAAAAGCCCAGUGUCCUCGUAGUCUCCAUCGGCGCCUCAUCGCGCAACGACUUCGAGAGAAACUUCAGGGACACCACCAGUUUCCUCAGACACUCUCUCAACGCGCACGAACUGCUUGGCUACAGCGCCGUCGGCGCUGGCUCCUUUCCGAGCGCCGUGGCGUUGCUGGGCGGAAUGACGGCGGGUGAGGCGUGGUCCCAUUCUUCCGAAGCUUCGUACGAUGUCCUGCCCCUUCUCUGGAAGGACUACAAGAAGCAGGGACACUGGACGCUGUACGUCGAGGAAACGCCUUCUGAAGGCGCGUUCGUCGACCCCGUCGAUCGUGGUUUUCGCCGCAAGCCCACCGAUUACUACCCUCUAGCCAUGGCCUCGCAGAUGAGCCUGCCCAAUGAAACGGCUCAGUCGCUCGUGCCCGAGGUUGGUAUCUCCAAUGAGCAGCCGUCAAUAUGUUCAGGCUACAGGCUGCGUAGCAAGGCUCUGCUCGAUUACGCCUCGGAACUGAUAAGAGCGGGCGAUGGGUAUCCUUUCUUCGUUUUCAUCAAUCUGAAGGACUCCUCGCGAGGCGGCGCGAAGGCUCGCGCCCUGGACAGGCCGCUGAAGACGUUCCUCGCGAACCUCGAACGGCGAGACGUGUUCGCUGAAACAACGCUGAUUCUGCUCAGCGAUAUUGGCAAGAGUCACUGGGACACCGGGAUCACCCGCGAUGGCAGCGAUAUGCCGCUGUGCUUUGUCAAGCUGCCCCCACUCUUGGUCGAAAGGUUUGUCAAUGGCCCUUGA